AUGUCGUCUCGUACCCCAUCGACUUCCGCCGCUUCAACUCAUACCACAGCGACAGAUUACACCGACUACGAUGCGGUCGCCCCGGACGAUACCGAAAGAAAGCAAGCCUGGAACUCGAUACAGACUCAACUGGCAGGAAAUGAGAAGCGCCUGUCAAGGCACAUCCUCGUCAAUCUAGGGCUCACGGGACUACCUGACGCCACGCCACACAAGAUUGGGAUGGAGGGCUUCGGUGGCAUUCCUGUCGAGUCGAUAUACGAUGGAGCAUCCGUCUUGAAUCAGGUGGACCGGGAUCUGAAAGAAGCAGCACCGUCUACCUUCAAAGCUCACCACACCGUGGACAUCAUAUACCCUGCACUCGACCUACUGGGUGAUGAUCUCAUCCCUCAGGCCACAGAGCCAAAGCGGGACGGAAAUCUGUUCGGAGAUGUGCAGAACUGCACGCGGUAUCUGGGCACCACGGAGCUGAAAGUUGUUUUGUACUACGAUGAGGAGGAAGGCAAGGGACCAGGACGAGCAGAUACCCGGCCACGUCUGCGCGUACGCAGGAAGACCAAGUUUGUUCUUGACCAUAGGGUGAAAGAGGUUACCAAGUCGACAUUCUUCUACGAGGACGACUGGGAUGAGAGUAAUGUGGAAGAUUACGAGAUUCCAUACUAUUAUUUCUACACCAGGCACGGCGAUCCGUCUCAAGCUCCGCAGCUAUGGUACCUGGAUAUCGUGCGCCUCAUAGGUACGCUACGCAAACUUACAACUUGGGCGAGCAGCAUGCUGGAGCCAAAGAGUUUCUAG